AUGUUGGUCAAAAACCAACAGUAUUAAGUUUGAGUUUGUAAUUUAAUAGCGCGAUGGUAGAUUAACAUGGUUUUGUGUUACAUUUCACGGAAUGCUGUUUUGCAGUUUCACGUGUUACGGUAUCAUCGUUCAAAAUUUACAACUGGACUAUUAGUUAAAGAAGCAAGAAGAGAGCGUUUCAAAUCGAGUUUCACACAGCAAUAACAAAUACCAGCUGCAUACUAGACGGCUGCUUGGAAUGGACAUAGCUAGUAAUAUUCGAAUGAAUCGCCAAUCUAGUGCUAUUAUAAAAAUGGAUAUAAACUAAAAAGGUGGUAUCUCACAAAAUAAUGCAUUUGCAUUAGUAGGUAGUGCACACAGAUGCAGUCUGUUAAGAACGUUGAGUAAACCAUUGGCCAGAAUCGGACCUGCCUUUGUCACUAGAUAGAAAUAAUAGAAUCCAUGAGUACAAAUUCAAAUUCUUCAGCCUUACACUAUCUGCUAUAGGCAACUGAUAGGGCUAUUAAUUGGAAAGGACUGGCGAUGGCUAGGAUCACGGAAGUGAGCGACGUAAUCACAGACUACGGUAGCAGUUCGGACGAAACUCCUCGGAGGGAUCCGCCUACUUACGAGGAAGUAGUGGGCUCAGAAGCACCGCCGCCACCAUAUGAAUCAUUGUUCGGGCGAGUUCGUGAGGUGCACAAGUCUUCCACCGGUAUGUGGGAUUUCAUGAAAAACGUCGGAACACUGUUGAUGGGGACAUUGGGCUGCACAUUUAUACUUGGCAUAACCAUAGUAGUUCCGCUGUCGAUGAUCGCCCUAGGUUUAAUUUAUUUGCGCGAUUGUCCCCAAAGCAAAUAUAUUUCACUUUUCCUGGUGGUCGGUGGUGGUUUCGGCGUAGUCAAACAGAUGCUGCAUUUAUCGACGCGGGUCCGUACUCGCAUAGAAGACCAAGAACUCGAAAGAUUGAGACAAUCGCCAACGCAAACCAUGAUCAAUUGCUUCAUGUUUGCCUGGUUCAUCAUUGGAUCAUUCUGGGUGUAUGGAAUUUACGAGCCAAAUUACGAUCCGGCAAAGGGGGAGUACUGCAAUAAGACACUAUACUUGUUCACAUUCUGGUUGCUUACGUCGGUUUAUAUAGCCCUGGGUAUCGUCACUGUAGUUCUGUGCGGAGUCAGCCUUGUGGGAAUUUCACUUGGUUUCGCGUCCUUUGGUCAGGACGGGCGACUCCCGUAGGAUUCCGAGGGAAACGUUUGAGAGCAAAAUCAACAAGUUAUUCGCAUAUGCUUCGCGAAUGCAUCGCUUUUAUAUACGGUUUUUGUGAUUUCUUGAUGUUUUUCGACUAAGUACAGAGUUGGCACGGUAUCCCCGCUGUGAGGCACUUGAACAGUGACGUCAUAUUAAGUGCCAAGUACUGGACAGCAUAAAUAUCGAACGAGAAGAAUUCAACUUGGGCUAGUGUCCAUUAGAAAAAAUGCUUGCAAUGAUUCCAAUGUCUCGAUUAGAACGUAUCCCUACUGAAGAGGCAAAUCUCAUAUAGUAGAGCGUCAGGAGCAAUCAACAAGGAUGGUAGAAUUUGCGACGAAGAUUUCUUUGGACCUUGUGAACUUUUAUGAGAUAGCUGCAAUGAGUACCGAUCCAAAAAAUUCCGUCCCUACCGAAACUGUCGCCAGAAGUUAAGGUUGCACAGAGAAAGCGCAAAAUUCGCAAACGAAAAAAGCAGUUUUUUUCCACACCGUAUGUCAGAUCUUCAUAAAAAUCAAUCAACGUAUGUAGAAUAUUGUUACAGUACUGCUGAUUGAUUUUUAUGAAGAUCUGACAUACGGUGUGGAAAAAAACUGCUUUUUUCGUUUGCGAAUUUUGCGCUUUCUCUGUGCAACCUUAACGCUAGUAUUAUUGAAGGUGAUAGAAGCGUAGACGUUGGCAAUAUAAUUAUCGUUCUGACAUACAACUGUAGCGGAUAUAUUUAGACUAAUUCUUCUAACUAUGGUGCGGCAGUCAACAGCAAGGAUACAUCACCGAAUGGAAUGUUUCGAUAAGUGCACUAAUCAUCGAAUAAAACAAUGUGCCUGCUAACAUGUCAGUGUAAUAGAUUCAACUGAAAGUAUUCAAUGUACGUGUUAAUUCUUUUCUCAAUAGGUUUACCAAUGAUCACCAAACAAAUUCCGAUAUUUUCACCAGUCGGCGUAUGUUACUAUACAGUUACUACAGCAGUCCACACAACUUCAUAGUCUCGGUGUUUAGUUCAUGAUUGGCUGGUUGAUUGGGAUUGAGUAUACUCAGCGUAUUCAGUAAAAGCUGCAGAACUUCGAUCCACCGGAAUGUCCCUACUGUAUCAAGCCACUGCAUUUGCUCUCGUUCUUGAUAAUUAUAGCACAGGACAUUAAAAUAGCGGCCAUGUGUGUGAUAGGCAUCGCCGGAUUCGGCACAGGCGUAAAGUUGUCCGGGUGAGGUGCGCCUCUAAAGAAGUACAAAACUUGAUAUUUGAGCCGCUAAGCCGUAAACUUUUUAUAUUAUAUACAAUAAAUGCAUGCAAUUCGAUCGCACGCUAACUAGUAAGCUAAAGCACAAAUGCAACAACGUCUAAAGUAGCUUUUAUACAUAUACAUAUUAUAACUUGAAUUACUUUAAAUGUUAAACAAGUAGUUAUUAUAAAAUUAAUACUUAUUGAUAUUUUUCCACUCGUAACAAAAUACCAAAGACCAACGGCGUACUAAAAAAAACUCCAUAGAACUGCAUUUUAUACUUAGAUUACAGAUUUUUUUUUCUGGAAAAUACUAGUCAACUUAUGCAGAUUGCUAAUUUACACAAAUUUAUUGUUUGUUUACUAUUUUAAGAACUAUAUUUGAUACAUUUACAUAAUGACAUCAUCGGUUGCACUGCACCACUCAGGGUGGUGUUUCACUCAUUCAAAUUUGGCUGUUAUAAGUGUAUUUCUUUCGUACACUACUCCGGUUUAGCACCAUGUAAAAUCGAAAAUGUUACAAGUAUUUCAAUGUUGUACUACGGCCCGCCUCUUGGGUAUUAUGAGAUAAAUAAAAGCAUACAGAAAAAAAACUAUCAGUU